UGGCAAUACGAACAUAUGUUAUCGUUAGUGUCCACAAAGCCUAACCUAAGCUUCAAACAGUCAGAGACUGGCGUUAUUUUGACUCGUCAAGAAUACUUUCAUAAGCGUACAGCUGAUAUCGUAAGGACUACGUCGUAGUAGCUGAUAGUGAAAUCAAGAUGAGUUUGACGCCAAAAUCAUUUAAAGAAAAACGUUCCGUUGCACAACGAAUGGCUGAUGUAGAUUUGAUUAGAGAACAACAUCCAAAUAAGAUACCUGUUAUUGUUGAACGAUGUUAUGGAGAAAAGCAGUUACCCGUGCUGGACAAGUAUAAAUUCUUGGUGCCCGAUUAUUUGACAGUAGCAGAACUUAUAAAAAUUAUUAGGCGUAGACUACAACUUCAUCCAACACAAGCAUUUUUUCUACUAGUAAACCAAAGAAGUAUGGCAAGCGGUAGUAUGACUAUGGCACAACUGUAUCAAAGAGAAAAAGAUGAGGAUGGUUUUCUUUAUAUAGAAUUUGCUAGCCAAGAAGUAUUUGGGCAUUAAAAUUCACUGAUAUAGUGUAAAUGAUACACUAUGUGCUAAAUAUUUUUAAGACCUUUAGACAGGAUUUUAGAUCUGCUAUUAUAUCUGCCUUUAUCCGAAUAUGCAAAAUCUUUGUGAUCAACCUGCAGUACCUGCUGAAAUAAUUGACAGAACAAUCACAAUUGACACUUCUGUGUAAAAUCAUGAAGGUGUUUGGGCCUUCAGCAUAUGCAUCAAUUGUAUUUUAUAUGUUAAAGUGUAAGGUUAAUUUAGACUGUUAUUAAUGACAGUACUUAUAAUUUCUGAAAAUGACAAACUAAAACAAUGAGGUAUUAAACAUAUCUAGUGAAAGCAUUCUUAAUAGGUGAAAGGCUUACCUAUAUAAAUUUUACAAUUCAUUUGAAUUUGUUUACUUCCAUAACACAUCUUGUCAAUAUAAUAAAUUUUAAACAUAUAUAUGAAAAAAUACAAUUGUAUAAGUAAUAUUAUACAAGUAGUAGCCAGUUAUACUAAAAAAAAUAUGUAUUGUAACUGCAAGACCAUAUGAAAUUGAACUUCAUUUCUGUACGUUUACUAGAUUCAUGCAAAAGAUUACUUACUGCUGAUUAAUGCAGUAAAAAGUAAAAAUUUGUAAUGGAUAUAUGACAUUCUAGGUGACAAAAGGGAAAAAAUGUUUUAUAUUAUUUGGAAUGACAUUUGUGAAUGUAAAGAACUUUUACAAUGAGGUCUGUUAUUAUCCCCAGACACAGAAACAUUAAAAAAAGUGUUCAUGCAUACUAUUACACAAUAUGUAACAUCUACUGAUAUGUGAUAAUGUUAUUAGAUUUGAAAUAAGUUUACUGACUAUACUUGUAUUAUGAACUUUCAGUUCAUUC